UCUCUCUCUCUCUCUCUCUCUCUCUCUCUCUUCUUAAGGUUCUCAUUGCCUUUGAACUCUAGCUGAAAGGGGCAACCGGCAACGUGAACGAAGAAGGUUCACCGCCUUCAACAGCUCGCCACCGAGAAACCAAACCCUGCAGGUUAUCCGGCAAAACCACAUUGAAGCUUUGAAAUACUUUGUUGUUUUGGCCUGGAAUACUUAUGAAUGGCGUGGAGAGAGCUUGGCAAAAAGGGGUUACAUGCCAGUAUAACUACGGAUUUAACUUCAAGACUACAAAGACAUGCAAUGGGAUUUACAUCUGUAUCUACUGUUGAGGAUGUAAUAAAAUCAGUUUCUGCUGCUGGCAGAUGCUUACCAGAUCCUCCCUUUAGAUUUAUGUCAAGGAGGCUUGAUUGUUGUGAAGGUUUGACAAAAGAUUCCCUGAUACGAUGCUAUCAUGCAAGCCCAGAACUGUUUGCCAGAAAAGGAAAUGAAGACUCAUUUGGUUUAAAAACUCCCAAGAAAGGGAAGUUCAAAAAGAGGGACCAUAAGGCCCACCCUCCUGUUGAAGCUCCAUAUGUGCCUCCUAAACCACAGAGAACUACCAAACCUAUGCCAGAUAAGACGAUCGAGAUUUUUGAAGGCAUGACAGUUGUUGAACUUGCAAAGCGUACUGGUGAAUCAAUACCAACUCUGCAAAGUAUUCUUACAAAUGUCGGGGAAAAGGUUGAAACAGAGUUUGAUCCUCUCAGCAUUGACGUUUCGGAGCUGAUUGCAAUGGAAGUUGGGAUCAAUGUUAGGAGGCUGCACUCCAAUGAAGGUACAGAAAUUCUACCUCGGCCACCAGUUGUAACUGUCAUGGGUCACGUCGACCAUGGUAAAACCUCGCUUCUAGAUGCUCUACGUCAAACAUCUGUGGCUGCCAAGGAAGCUGGAGGAAUUACUCAGCAUCUAGGUGCUUUCAUUGUUGGUAUGACAUCAGGAGCAUCAAUUACAUUUCUUGACACCCCUGGUCAUGCAGCAUUUAGUGCGAUGCGGGCAAGAGGUGCUGCUGUCACAGAUAUAGUUGUGCUAGUUGUAGCUGCUGAUGACGGGGUGAUGCCUCAAACUCUUGAAGCCAUGGCUCAUGCAAAGGCAGCUAAUGUACCGAUUGUGGUUGCAAUUAAUAAAUGUGAUAAACCGGCUGCUAACCCGGAAAGAAUAAAACUCCAGCUUGCUUCUGAGGGUUUGCUGCUGGAGGAGAUGGGUGGAGAUGUGCAGGUUGUGGAGGUUUCAGCGAUAAAGAAGACUGGAUUAGAUAACUUGGAGGAGGCUUUGCUUCUCCAAGCUGAGAUUAUGGAUCUCAAAUCUCGAGUUGAUGGGCCUGCUCAAGCUUAUGUGGUGGAGGCAAGGCUUGAUAAGGGAAAGGGUCCAGCGGUUACAGCAAUAGUGAAAGCAGGGACUUUAGAAUCCGGGCAGUAUGUGGUGGUGGGAUCCGAGUGGGGCAGAAUAAGGGCUAUUAGGGACAUGGCGGGGAAGUUGGCAGAGAAGGCAAGACCCGCAAUGCCAGUUGAGAUUGAAGGGUUGAAGGGACUUCCAAGGGCAGGAGAUGAUAUCAUUGUUGUGGAAUCUGAGGAGCGAGCUAGAAUGCUGAGUGCAGGGAGGAAAAAGAAAUUUGAGAGAGAUAGACUUAGGAAGAUUAAAGCUGAGAUGGAUGAGAGGAACGAGGAAGAAAUAUUAAAAGCAAAAAAAGCAGAAGAGUCUGGAGACGAGCCAAAGGAGGAACCCAAGCGGGUGGAAUUGCCAGUAAUAGUAAAAGCAGAUGUGCAGGGCACUGUCCAAGCUGUUACAGAUGCAUUAACGAAUUUAAAUAGUCCUCAGGUCUUUGUGAAUGUAGUGCAUGUUGGUGUUGGGCCUUUAUCUCAGUCUGAUUUGGACAUAGCACAAGCCUGUGGUGCUUGCAUUAUUGGAUUUAAUAUAAAGACUCCGCCCACUUCCCUCAGUUUGGCUGCAACUCGAGCCAAUAUAAAGAUAAUGCUGCAUCGUGUUAUAUAUCACCUUCUGGAGGACAUUGGCAAUUUUAUAGUAGACAAAGCCCCUGGAACUUGUGAAACCAAGGUUGCUGGGGAAGCUGAGGUGCUUAGUAUUUUUGAGCUCAAAGGAAGGAGCAAGACCAAGGGACCUGAUGUGAAGAUUGCAGGAUGCCGAGUGAUUGACGGUUUAAUGAGCAAAUCGGGAAUCUUGAGGCUACUUAGGAGCGGGGAAGUCGUAUUUGAAGGAUCCUGCGAAUCACUCAAGCGGGAGAAACAGGAUGUGGACACGGUAAAGAAGGGGAAUGACUGUGGACUGGUAAUCCAAGAUUACGAUGAUUUCCGAGUUGGAGACAUGGUCCAAUGCUUGGAGCAAGUUGUAAGGAAGCCCAAAUUCAUAUCGUCAGCGAGUGGUGCUGCUCGAAUAGAGUGCUGAUUAUUUUCUUGCCAGUGAUACGCUAAAGUAUGACUUCAGAAUUUUGAUCGUUUACUAUUGCAUUCUGGCGACGAGAAGAAAACUCGUGGCAUUACAAAUUUACAAUCCAUAAAAUCUGGAUUGAUAUGGUAUUCAUCUACUCAUCCAACUAUAUUCUUGAGCAGAAGUAGGUUAAUUUUCGCAAGCAUGCCGAUUUUGGAAGAACGUAGUGGAUUCAUUCAUUACUAAGAAUAUCGUUACACUAAUUAAUCUGUUGUACUAUUGAGGAACUGUUGAUUAACGAAACAAGGAUUGGGGAAAGUGAGAAAUUUAUUUGCUUUC